CUCAUCGCCAGAAUUCAUCAGGCACAUCAGCGGCAGCAGAUUGAAUUCCAGCAAACAUGGAGGACUCUGAAGAGCGAGGGCCCGCUACUCCGAGGGAUGCACGAGUGCUCCAUCUUAUGCUGGCAUCUCAAGGGAUUGCUCGAUAUCAGGAGCGUGUGCCUCUCCAGCUCAUGGAUUUCGCGUUCCGAUACUCUGCUUCGGUUCUCGAAGAUGCAAUGCUCUACGCCGAUCAUGGACGCCAACAGCAACCCGCAGCUGCGGCGAGCUCAUCUGCACUGUCUGUGGAAGAUUUAAGACUUGCAGUUGCCGCUCGUUUGAACUAUCAGUUUCAUCCGGCGCCGCCAAAAGAGCUCCUUCUUGAGCUCGCUCACGAGCGCAACAGACGCCCCUUGCCCCACAUCAGCACAUCCAGCGCAAUUCGCCUUCCGCCAGAGAAGUACUGUUUAACAGCCAAGGACUGGGUCAUUGAUGAAGAGCUCGCGGACCUACCUGACGACGACGACGAGGACGCGCCACCAGAUUCAAAACGGGCGCGGUCUUCCUAA